AUGUCGUUUAAGCAAGAUCUCGUGUUACUCCUAAAACCCUACUAUUGGGUUAAUAUUCUCAUGAGCAUUUCGUACAUCGUUGCGAAGAGAGCACCGUUCAUAUGCAACUAUUUAUGGACAUACUUAUUUCAACAAGAAGAUCAGUGCGAACUCGAUGGGCGCGAAACGGAAAUUCUAUUCUUCCUGCUAAUUGUGGUUAUGAUCCGGACGAGAAAAACGGGCAGCGUGACGAUGAUCAACUAUCUCACUUCCAGCUUCAUGUACACCAAGAUAGCAAACUUGGGUCUAUGGUUCUACAACGAUAUACGCCUGGGGAUGAUCUACUUCGUAUUUUUCAUCCUAGUUGCCCUACUCUUGCCAGAACCAACGUACACCGGCCCUGAAAAUGUGUUAUAUUUCCGCACUGAGAAUGGAUUAGAUGAAGAGUUGGAAAAGGAUAAACGGAUUACGUGGUUGGUAACUUUCUACACUGUGUGGAAUCCUGCGUGCGUCAAUUUCGCCCCAAUCUUUUCGGAGCUAUCGAAUGAAUAUUCCUUAAACAAUCUUAAAUUCGGCAAACUCGAUGUGGGGCGAUUUCCUAAGCUAGGUCAAAAAUAUCAUAUCUCGGAUAGUUCCUUCAGCCGGCAGCUGCCUACUGUUAUUUUAUUCCGCCAAGGAAAAGAAGUUGCCCGUCGCCCAUAUGCGGACAGCAAGGGUAAACUGGUGAAGUUUUUCUUUUCUGCCGAUAACGUAAAAGCUGCAUUCGAUUUAAACAACCUAUACAAGGAAUGCAAAGAUAAUCCCAUCAAGGCAAUCAAAUCGAUCGCGGAAAAGAAGAAGGAUUAAAACGCUAAGCUUGCUAUUACAUUUAUACCGCAGUGACAUUUAGUAGCAUUUUCUAAGGAUGAGCAACGUUAGAGCUCUGAAAACAAUAUCUUAUCACCUUAUCAAGUCUACUUUUGAUUGAGGUUGACCAUUAUGGAGUAGUGCCGCCGCCAUUUAUCCGUCGAUUAGAUUAAACGUUUGUCAGAAACCGUAAAUUAAAAUUUUCUUAUAGCUUUAGUUACUCUCAUGUUUCUAUUUAUAAUUUGAUGUCGAGCGCACAUUUAAUUGCACAUGUUUUUAUUGUUUAAGUGUAGCAAUCGUUAGCAAGAUUGUUAGUAAAAUGCGAGUAGUCAAAUAAAACCGA